UUUUGUAAACACACACCCGACCAGAUCGAACCAUCGGACUCGGUUCUGCGGCGUUUCAGAACUUGAAUUUUUGCCGGAUUUAAAGCUUAGAAUCGGGAGAUGGAGGUGCUGUCCAGCGAAAAGUACCUCAUAGCGAGGGCCAAGGAAACGUCCGAUCCGUACACGGCCAAGGCGUGGAUCAUCGCGGCCAAGACGCUUUUCCCGAAUGAUUUCGGCGUGCAGUUUGAGGCGUACGAGAUCGAAAAGAACGCAAAGAACUUCGAGGAGGCGGCCAAAUGCUUGAGUUACAUAAUUAUGACCUUCCAGAACGCGCACAAAACGCCGGCCAGUUUGCUGAACGAGAUAUCGAGCAUGACGUCGGCGUUGCGCGUCCCGGAGGGGACCACCACGCCUGAGCAGGACUUUUACGUGCGGAUGUUCCAGUACAUUUCGUACGAGGUGCAGCACAAGAUUCUGAUGCUAACGGCGGCCCACUCCAACAGCAUGGACCACUGCCGGUUGAUCCUGCUGCUGUUGAAGCGCUUUCCGCAGGCCAUCUCGACGCACGCUCCUCGUUUGCUCGAAACAUUGGUUCAAAACAGCACGAUUCCCGGCUUCAAGGAAAUGCUCGUUCAGGAGGCGAUUCCGCUGGUGUACAAUCGUCCACCGGAUCUGCCCCACAAGUUGGUGCACCAAAUUAUGGCGAUCUGCUUCGAGUACCACCUGAAUCAGAUGCUAGCGGAGACGGAGGACAAGGCGCGAGUGACGGCCGAAUGCUGGCGCAAGAUAUUCGAAAUGUUGGAGUUUUGCGGCAAGAUUCUCAAGUGGGAACCCUUUAUGCCGUACAAGAAGGGCUGGAGCAAGGACAUUUACUGGCAGAAGAUCAUCCAGUUGGUGCAGUCUGCGCCGCCGAGACCCUCGGAGAACAAGCAAAUUUUGUUCUGCGCCACGAUCGUGUUUGUUCUUUCGCUUCAGGAGUACAUCAACUUUUCUCGUUUGAAGGGAAAGGAUAACGAGAUUGAAGUUAUCCUGGUGGAAAGCCUAAAGGAGCUCAAAAUAGACAUGAAACGCAGGGAACCAGUGCUGGAGAUUCCCCAGGUCUUAGUGAACGGUCCCGUCAAUCCAGACGCACCGAACUGCCUCGUUACGUCGUACAACUGUUGGCAGUUGCUUCACUCAAACGAAAUCCUAAAAGCCGAUUUCACCCAGCUUAUCAUCUGCAUUCCAGCGCUAUCCUUGUGGAUUCAAAAAUUCCUCAUAGAUCUCUCCGUCUACGUCGGUCAGCACGAGGAAACUCACUCCUUGCUGCAGUCCCAAAAUUCGCGCAGCAUGUCUCAGCUCGAGAAAGACGUUCGUCUCUUCGGCCUAGCUCUCGUGCAAGGAACCAUCAACGUGCCCCUGUUCGAGCUCAUGAACUCCAUCCUUCAAAAUCUCCCUUCCACAAACGGAACCUACCUCCAGAACGUAUCACUCUCCCCAGCUCCCCGAGUCCUCAUGCUGAUGCCCCUAACCAAGCGUGCGAUCCUCCACUACAUCGUACAAACCCUGAUCACCCUACUCAAAGCCAAACUGGUCGACCCCGAGUGCACCAACGCCCUGCUCGGCAACUUACUAGUGCUCUGCCAGCUCAACUGGCCGCACGAGUCCACGAUCGUCGAGAUCAUCUUCGAAAUCAUCAAAUCGCGCCGUCAGUUCAGCUACCUCCACGCCACCAGCUACAUCAUCAACGUGGAAAUGAUCGAGGAGUUCAUGUACCUGUGGCAAAACUGCCCGGACGUGAAGCUGGAAUUUGCCGUGGCGCAGCCGGGAGGCGGACUGGGGGCUGGUGCGGGCGCUGCUGGAUCGCGACGGAUAGGGACGCGUGGCGCCGAUCGUGGCGUCAAGGAGGACUUUAAGCAGGUGAUCCGCGGGCAGAUCGCACGCGCCAACGAGGAUUUGGACGAGUUGCUGGUGCAGUUUUUGCAGCAGAACCAUCUGGCGUUGUUGCAGAAUAUUUUCGAGAAAUGAUGCUGCGAGAUUGUGGGGGAUGAAAUUUAUGAAUGGAUAAGCUGAGUAUAUACAAUAAAUGUUUUAAA